AAUUGUCAACCGACCAAAGCGUGAAUAACUGAUGAAGCGUGCUUCAGUGAACGAGUGAGACCGAUAAAACCUCUUCGGAAUCUCACACUUCAAAAAUUCACCAGUUUUCCAGUUCUGUGGACUGUAGUAGCACCCUUAAAUUUCGUUACGAGGGAGAAACACCCGAAGCAUAAUAAAUGGAUAUGUACAUUCGUGUUAAGCGUAUUAAAACAACAUACUUCAUCCGGUGCAAGCCAUCUGAUAAAAUUCUUGACAUAAAGCAGAAGUUGCAAGAACUCAUUGAUCAACCAGCUAAUAAUCAACGUUUAAUUCUACCUGAUACAGGGGAUGUAUUAGAGGACUCUAAAACUCUGGCAGAUCAAAAGGUUGAAAAUGAUGCUGUUGUUGCACUGACAUUGAGAAAAGAUGAUAAUGAGUUUGAGGAGGUCAACAUUGUUCGGCCAAAUGAUUUCUACCAGGCACGGGAUGCAGAUGGUGCCAAUUGGUAAAGCCAUGCACUCCAUCAAAGGCUGAUUCACAACAACAUGUAGCGUGCUCAUUGAAUCUUUAAUGAAUAUUGUUGUAACUGUUCCUUAAAUAAAAUUUCCAUGUUAUGAGCUAAAAGUACUAUCCCAUUAAUUAGAUGGCUUGGUAAUUAUCUAUAGUGGCUCAGGAAAAAUCUUGAAAUGAUUUAUCAAUUGUAGGAUUACUGAUGUACUUGUUUGUUUAACA